UAAUCACCCUCAUUAUCAACAACCUUUUUUCAUUUAGUAUGCAAAAAUUAGUAUUUUCCAAAAAAAUAGAAAUACUGACAAAGCGCAGAAACGACACCACUUUCCGGCCCCCCUAAUAUUUUGCACACGGGCUCCGACCCGGCGAACACGCUGGCUAGGAGAAAGGAAUGCAGUUUGAAGAAGCAGCGUUGGGAUAAGUCUCGAACUUCAAACGGUUCCUUGAAUAUCGAUUGAUAGCGCGACGCGUUAGAUAAGAAACGAGACCGAAUGUUUAAGUUCAGCCACCUAUGUCGUUCGCGCGGUUCUCUGUCGCCGGUGAUAGUGAUAAGAGAAUCGCUGCCAGCGAGCCGUGUGCCGGAUCGAUCAGUCGUUCCAUCGAGAGCCUCAGCGACAAUGUCGAGCAGACAGGACAUCAGGAAUUACUUCGAGUUCGCCAGGGAGUUAACCCUGAAAGCUGGCGAGAUAUUCAAAUGCGGCUUCGAAGGUGAGAAAGACGUGAGGACCAAGAAGCACGAGUGGGACCUGGUCACGGAAUACGACAAGAAGAUAGAGGAUCUGUUGAUCACGCAAUUGAAAGAGAAGUUCCCCGAUCACGAAUUUAUCGGCGAGGAAUCGGCCACCGAUGGAAGAUCGAUCGAGCUCACCGACAAACCGACAUGGAUCAUAGAUCCCAUCGACGGGACGAUCAAUUACGUGAACUCGUUCCCUUACACCUGCAUCUCGAUCGGCCUGGCGAUCUGCAAGGAGAUCGUCGUCGGAAUCGUUUACAAUCCUCUGACACCCGAAUUGUACACUGCUGUGAAAGGGGAGGGAGCGUUUCUGAACGGCAAGCCUAUCAAAACAUCGAACGUGGACGAGUUGAGGAAGGCUUUGAUCGAAAUGGAGGUGUUCUCCCUGAGGCACAAGGGGAAGAACAGGGACAUCAAAAUGGCCAGAUUCGAAACCAUGCUCGAGCUAGCACGGGGUAUCAGGUUCACAGGAUCAGCCGCGCUCGCGUUAGCAUACAUAGCGAAAGGUGCAUUGGAUUGCUUUCAAAUGGACGUACUUCAGCCUUGGGACGUUGCAGCGGGCGUGUUGCUUAUUCGUGAAGCUGGUGGCUCGAUAGGCAGCAUAAAAACAUCUGAAUUCGAUCUAAUGAAACCGGACAUACUCGCGGCUGCGAACGAAACCUUGGGGACAGAGCUGAAGAAUGUGUUCGUGAACACGGACUUGAAGACGAUGCGCAAGAGAUUAACCAGAACCUGAUCUAAUUGUCGUUUCGAUCGAGGAUUCUUUAUACUGAAACUCGCGAGUCCGAUUGUUGGGCAAUCGGGGAAACACUCGUCGAGUCCUUGCGGAACGAAUAAAAACGUUGUUACAUUUUUUUCAGAA